AUGACCUUCUCACGGCGAGCGGUCUCCCUUCUUGGCUUCGGCUUCUUCCUCAUCUUCCUCUACACGGUCAGCAGUCUUUCGCAACAAUGGCGGCGCGUGCCACCGGCCGAAGGGCAGGGUAAACUUGUCGCAACACCAGGUCCGACGCCAUCCGGGGACUUCAACAUCAGUAUGCUGGUAAACGGCCCACCCCGGACCCCCUAUGCUCCUCGACCGAACUAUGUGCCCGGCGUGCCGAAGCCCGAUGGAGCGACGUACACGAAGAUACUGGUGGUCCCGAAAACGCAAGAAGAAGACACGAAUUGGAUUGAGGCCGAGCUGCCCGAGUGGCAGUCGGCUGUCUACGUCGUCGACGAUCCAGCGGCGCCGCUGCAUCCGCCACGGAACAAGGGACACGAGGUGAUGGUUUACCUGAGCUACAUCAUCGAACACUACGAGAAGCUGCCGGAUAUCAUAGCGUUCAUGCAUGCGCAUCAGUUUGCCUGGCAUAACGAGGAGAUCUUUGGAGGUAAUGCGGCCGAAAUGCUGCGCCGGCUGAGUGUCGCGCGAGUCAUCCGGGAGGGAUACAUGAAUCUGCGAUGUGUGUGGGCCCCCGGAUGCCCGGACUGGAUGCACCCGGGCACGGUGGAGGAAAACGAACUGAAGCAGGAGGAGACGAUGCUGGCGAGAUCUUGGGGGGAGAUCUUCCCGGAUGACCCGGUCCCGGCGGUCCUGGCGCAGCCCUGUUGCGCCCAGUUUGCCGUUUCUCGGGAGCGCAUCCUCACGGUCCCGAAGGCGCGAUUUGUCUUCUACCGGGAUUGGAUUCUCCGCACAGAAUUGAGCGACUACAUCUCCGGUAGAAUCUGGGAGUAUCUGUGGCAUGUGAUCUUCACCGGUGACCACGUUGUGUGUCCCAAGGAAAAUGUGUGCUAUUGCGAUGGCUACGGUUUGUGCUUUGGUGGUGAAGCCGAAUAUGACGCCUACAGGAACCUAGUCUUGGAGAAGCAAGAACUGGAGGAGGAGCUGAAGCGGUGGAACUCGCGAGCUCAGACCAUUGAGAUUGCGCGGAUGCAAGGCAGUCUGGGUGAACAGAGUCACCUCAAGAUUCCCGAUCCGGGCAAAGACCUUGAACUUCAGAUGAAGAUUUACGAAAAAGAAUCAACCAUCAGCGGCCUCCUCACCAAUGCCCACACGCGCGGUGCGGACCCGAAAGCCCGAGCCCUGGAAGCAGGAAGAGCCUGGAAAGAGGGCGACGGAUUUUAG